GCCAACUCCACUUUAGGCAGAAGAAGAUGAAAAAGUCAGUGAUGUGUUACAUGAUUGUUAUCUCUCAACCUCACCCACCCCCAAUCCCAGUUAACCACACAUAUCAAAACAACCAGAUUCUAAUCUAACAAUAAUAAUCCCAUUCCCUUCUUCGAUUCCAUUUUUCUUUCCCUUCCUUUCUCGUUGUUGUUGUUGUUGUUGUUGUUGCUGCUUCCAAGAACUGCGGAGACAGAGAGACAGAGAGAGAGGGAAAAAAAAAAGAAAAAUAAAAAAUUAAAGAAACUCGAUCGUUUCCGAUGGAUUCGACGUUCUACGAUCCGGAGUCGGGCGACGGGGAGGGGGCGCAGCUGGGCGUGUACGUGCACCACGCGCGCGGCAUCCACAACAUCUGCAUCUACGCGAGCCAGGACGUGUACGCGAAGCUGUCGCUGACGCGCAGCCCCGACGAGGCGGUGUCGACGCGCGUCGCGGCGGGCGGCGGCGCCAACCCGCGGUUCGACGAGCUGGUGGCCGUCGGCCGCGUCGCCUCCCCGCGGUCCGCCGUCCUCAAGUGCGAGAUCUGGAUGCUCAGCCGCGCCCGCAGCCUCCUCGACGACCAGCUCCUCGGCUUCGCCCUCGUCCCCCUCUCCUCCGUCGCCGCCGCCGCCGGCCGCUCCCUCACCCAGGACUUCUCCCUCUCCUCCACCGACCUCUUCCACUCCCCCGCCGGCACCGUCCGCCUCACCCUCUCCCUCGACUCCCCUCCCGCCACCGCCGCCGCCGCCGGCAGCACCGCACCGUCGUCCGCCGGCAUCACUUCCGAGGUCGUCAUUCUCGACCCGGCCGACUACCGCCGGCUCGAGCCCCCCGACGUCGCCGUCGAGGAGGAGAACCGGCGGAUGGUCGCCGAGUACUUCGACAUCAUGUCGCCCGCGUCGACGGCGACCGCCGCUCCUCUGCUCCGCCUCGACUCCGACUACGAUAUGACGUCGCCGAAUUCUCCCGACGACGAUCCUUCUUCCUUCGCUUCCUCCGCCACCACCACCACCACCACCACUAGUCUGAGCGACGAGAGCAAGAAGAUCGCCGCAGAUUCGUCUUCUUCCUCCAAUUCAUCAUCAUUAGCCGCGGAGGCCGUCGGCACUCCGACUUCGAAACCCGGGGCGGUGGUGGAGAGUAGUUGUAGCAAGCUCGAGAACGAGCACUCCAAGGACCGCAAAGCCGGCGCCGAAUUGGGGUCGGUGUUCGAGUCGCCGAUGGGGAACAUAAGCCUCGAGGCGGAGCAGGCCGCGAUGCAGCAGCAGAUCGUCGAGAUGUACAUGAAGAGCAUGCAGCAGUUCACGGAGUCGCUGGCGAAGAUGAAGCUGCCGAUGGACCUCGACAACCCGCGGCCGGACGACGACCGCGGGGCCGUAAUCCAGAGCCAGAAUAAUGAUAACAACAAUAAUGAUACCAAGUUGGAUGUGGAAGAGAAGAAUAAGAAGAAGGAUGGGUCCAGAGUGUUCUACGGAAGCAGGGCAUUUUUCUGAGAGGAAUGCGUUUGUCGAAAAACUUAAGAUGGUGGAUGGUUUGUCAUUGUGAGUGUUAGUAUCUGUCCAUUACUUGGCUUAUUUUUCCUCUGUUUCGGAACUUAUAUAACAGAGAGAUACAGUUGUGCUGUUUGAAUUUGUCACAUAUAGAUAUAUAUAUUACGAGUCUCUUUGUAGCAAUUUUUGUGGGUAUUGGGUUUUCUCUUAAUCAUGUAUCUUGAAACGUAGUUUCAAUGGAACAAAGUUUAAUGACAUGAGAAGAGAAACUGGAGUGCUAUCUCGCCGUUUAGAUCAUAUAUGUCUCUGCAUGAGUAACUCUGCAGUUUGUUUUCGACGAAAACUUACCGCGACUCGACGGUCCGACUAGCUGAGCCAAAUCAAACUCAACGUGGAAGCUCAUUUCGUAAAGAAGCAAUGCCCGAAACCGCGAUAGUCCAGCUAAACAACUUAGACCCGAUGUUUGCGGCCAAAGGUGAGUGGCAGGAACAUUCAGCAGAAAUCAGAACUGAUGGUGUCACUCAUGGCUAAAUGGCAGGAACGGUUACCGACAGCAUAUCCGGCAACAUCAGUUUGCGAGAAACGGGAGAACAGUUGUAGCCCGCGAACAAGACUAGCUACCGACGCCCCGACACGAAAAACAUCAACACCAGGCUUUGUCUUCUUAUUACAGAAGCUUUGUAUUCAAUUUCAGCUUACUAUUUCUGCAACUUAGGCUAACUUGUACCUCAUCUUCUAAGUCGAUAUAAUUGUUUCUGAGUGUAGAUUUUUCUCUCCUGUAACUCUCAACCACAGGUAUUUGGGUUACUUCAGCAAUUCAAUGAAACCAUUGUGACA